CCAAUACCAAGCAUACAAGCCAUGCCAUGCAAUGUAAUAUGCCUAUCUCGACCAAUGAUAUAUAUAAUGCAUCAUGCAUACCCAAAGCCAGCGCGCUAUUCCGCAUGAACCCGUGCCCAAAAGAAAAGCCAAAAAAGAAAAAAGUCCGUUGCCCGGUGCCACCAACAAACAGCAACCAUCAGUGCUCAAAACCCGGCACCCCCAAAAACUCACAGAAACCCGCACACUGACACACUCACACUCCCACAAUCACUAAAACCACCCCUCCACGCCCCUCUUCCUAUCCUUAUCCUUCUCUCUCUGCCGAUCUCUCUCCGCCGCCCGAUCCCCAACCAACCAGUCAAACCCCCGCCAAGUCGACGUCCCACCGCCACCACCACUGCUGCUCUCGCGAUCUCUCCCCGCGCCCCCUCCGGCCCCCCGCUUCUUU